GAAAAAGGACGGACGGACAGGGGGAGCUGGCGCACGGUGUAACGGGACGGUACCUUUCGGCGUAAAGACGAAACUUUGUAUGGACAUGAGGAUAUUUUGGAAUAAUUCCUGCUUGUUAAAAGAAAAGCGGAGCUCCUGAAGGGAAACGGCGGGUUAAAACGUUCAGAAUUAGCAGUUGCUGGUUUUUAAAAGGGAAUUUCCGACCUCAAUUAAACAUGACUAAAAUUAGAGUUUGACCAAAAAAAAAAGAAGAAAAGAAGAAAAGAAAAAAUGAGCACCGACUACAGAGCUGCACAUUAAAGUCGAGGAGGUGGUCAGGGAAGCCCGCCAAUGUCCACCCUUUGUCGGCACUUCAGAGCAACUUGUUGACACAUUUUAUUUUCCAGGAGUUUCAGUAAGAAGAAAAAAAAUAACGGUAUGGCAGAACACGAGAGCCUGGAGUUUGGAAAAGCAGACUUUGUGCUUUUGGACAACGUGUCUAUGGAAGAAUUCAUGGCUAACCUAAAACUCAGGUUUGAGAAGGGGAGGAUCUACACCUACAUCGGCGAGGUGGUGGUGUCUGUCAACCCUUACCGUGCCAUGAACAUAUACGGCCGGGACGUCAUAGAACAGUACAAGGGCCGUGAGCUCUACGAGAGGCCGCCACACCUGUUUGCCAUUGCUGAUGCUGCUUACAAAGCCAUGAAGAGGAGAAACAAAGACACUUGCAUUGUCAUCUCAGGGGAAAGUGGAGCAGGAAAAACAGAAGCCAGCAAGUAUAUAAUGCAAUACAUUGCUGCUAUUACCAAUCCUAAUCAGAGGGCUGAAGUUGAAAGAGUAAAGAACAUGUUGCUGAAAUCAAACUGCGUGUUGGAGGCCUUCGGCAAUGCCAAAACCAACCGUAAUGACAACUCCAGCCGCUUUGGCAAAUACAUGGACAUUAAUUUUGACUUCAAGGGGGAUCCCAUCGGAGGCCAUAUUAACAACUACCUGCUGGAGAAGUCCAGGGUGAUUUUCCAGCAGGAAGGCGAGAGGAGCUUUCAUUCGUUCUACCAGCUACUCAGAGGAGCUCCAGAUUCCCUUUUACGCUCGCUUCACAUCCAGAAGGACCCAAAAGCAUACAAUUUCAUCAAAGUUGGAGGCCAGCUUAAGUCUUGCAUCAACGAUGGUGCUGAUUUCAAAGCUGUAGCUGAUGCCAUGAAAGUGAUCGGUUUCACAGGGGAUGAGAUUCAGACUGUUUACAAGAUCCUGGCAACCAUCCUGCAUCUGGGAAAUUUGACAUUUGGAGUGGACGGUGAUGUGACCCUGAUAGAGAACACAAAGCUGGUGUCUGUGAUCAGGGAGCUGCUGUCCACCAAGGAGGAAAACGUGGAGAAGGCGUUGCUUUAUCGCACGGUAGCCACGGGACGGGAUGUCAUUGAAAAACAGCACACAACACAAGAGGCCAACUACGGGCGGGACGCGCUAGCCAAGGCCAUGUAUGAGCGCUUGUUCUGCUGGAUUGUGAGUCGCAUUAAUGACAUCAUUGAGGUGAGGAACUAUGACGCCAAAAUCCACGGGAAAAACACUGUCAUCGGGGUUCUGGACAUCUAUGGAUUUGAGAUUUUCCAGAACAACAGCUUUGAACAGUUCUGUAUCAACUACUGUAAUGAAAAGCUGCAGCAGCUCUUCAUCCAGCUGGUGCUAAAGCAGGAACAGGAGGAGUAUCAGAGGGAAGGCAUCCCCUGGAAACACAUUGAUUACUUCAAUAACCAGAUCAUUGUUGACCUGGUGGAACAGCAGCAUAAGGGCAUCUUUGCUGUGCUGGAUGAAGCCUGUAUGAAUGUGGGCAAAGUCACUGAUGAGGUUUUUCUGCAAGGACUCAAUACGAAGCUGGCCAAGCAUGCCCACUACACCAGCCGCAAGCUUAUCCAGGAGGACCCUGAGGUGUUCUCAAACCAGUGUCUCCAUCAUUUCAUGGGUUACGCAAGGUACUCAGUGGUGGGUUUUAUUGAUAAGAACAAAGACACUCUGUUCCAGGAUUUCAAGAGACUGCUGUACAACAGUUCCAACCCAGUACUAAAGGCCAUGUGGCCUGAGGGCAAACUGAGGAUCACAGAGGUCACCAAGCGACCGCUGACGGCUGCAACACUCUUCAAAAAUUCAAUGAUCUCAUUGGUGGAGAACCUCGCCUCCAAGGAACCCUACUACGUUCGCUGCAUCAAGCCCAACGAUGUCAAGUCCCCUCUGCUCUUUGAGCAUGAGCGCUGCCGUCAUCAGGUGGAAUACCUCGGGCUGCUGGAGAACGUCAGAGUGCGUCGCGCUGGAUUCGCCAACAGACAGACGUACCCUCGCUUCCUACAAAGAUAUAAGAUGAUCUCCGAGUUUACCUGGCCAAACCACGACUUGCCAUCAGACAAAGAUGCAGUCAAGAGGCUCUUGCAGGGCUGUGGGUUCGACCACGACGUGGCCUACGGCAAAACAAAGGUCUUCAUCCGCACGCCGCGGACGCUCUUCAGCCUGGAGGAGCAGCGAGCUGAAAUGGUUCAGAGAAUCGUCCUCUUCCUCCAGAAAGUGUGGAGAGGAACUAUAGCCAGAAUGCGGUACAGACGCAUGCGAGCUGCCCUCACCAUCCUGCAGGCCUACCGACGCUACAAGGUCAAGUCUUACAUCCGUGAGGUCAACCGUCGCUUCAAAAACGUGCGAUCCAUGAAGGAUCAUGGCAGGCACGUGAAGUGGCCCACGCCCCCCAAGGUUCUGCGCAGGUUUGAAGAGGCGCUCAAGAGCAUCCAUAGCAGGUGGUGGGCAUGGACACUGAUCAAAGGCUUAUCUCCAGAGGAGACCCUGCAGGUGAGGGCCAAGGUAGCCGGCCUGGAGGCCCUGAAGGGCCAGAGGGCUGAUUUGGGGCUGCAACGGGCCUGGGAAGGAAACUAUCUGAAGCGAGACAGCCCAGACACGGCAGCAUCGUUCACACUGGUCUCAAGCGAUCUGCAGCGGAAAGACAAAUUCAUGAGAGUCCUGUUCUCCUGCAACGUACGCAAGAUCAACCGUUUCCACAAGUCGGAGAACCGGGCUGUGCUCAUCACUGACCGCCACCUGUACAAGAUGGACCCCCUGAAGCAGUACAAACCCAUGAAGAGCAUCCCCCUCUACAACGUGACAGGGCUGAGCGUGUCCCCCGGGAAGGACCAGCUGGUUGUGUUCCACACCAAGGACAGCAGGGAUCUCGUGGUGUGCCUGCAGGGUAUGGUGCCUGCCAAUGAGAGCCGCAUCGGGGAGCUAGUUGGCACCCUGCUUAGCCAUUUCAAGAGUGAGAAGAGGAAGCUGCAGGUGAACAUUGCGAGUCCCAUCCAGUGCAGCAUGAAUGGCAGAAAGUGCACGGUCAUCGUUGAGCCCAAGAUCAACCAGUCGCAGCCGGACUUCACCAAGAGCCGGUCUGGGUACAUCCUGGCUGUUCCUGGCAACUAAAGUGGGCCGAGACAGAAAAAGCAGCUGAUUUUGAAGCUGUCUUGAAUAAUAAUGAUGAUGAUUCACUUGUUGUGUUGUUUUGCAGAGCUGCUAAUAAUGUGACAGAGCAGCUCGGUCCUCAGUUUGGAAAGCAAUGCCAAAUUUGAAUUUUCAGUUGAAUUCUAGGCGGGGGGGUUUAUAUGCACUAUAUGAUUAUGCACCAAAGAGGUGUUUGUUCUUUUUUUAGAAUCAAAAAUUGAAAUGAUUUGCUUUGUGCAAUAUUUUUUUUUAUUGUGCAUUGAUUAUUUUGAGUGGAGGUGAGAGGAGAUUAUGCAGCAACUGUUCUCAGAACCACUGAUGUUGCAUAAGAGACAAAAAAAAAAAAAAUCCAAAGGCUUUGCAGCAAUUCAUAAUCCCUGCAGCUCCGUGUGUAGGAGCCACAUCAAAAGUGAAACCAUAAAAAA